AUGCCUCCUGCUCGCGGCGGAGAGGCGCUGGUCCCCUCGACGUCUGCUCCGGCCGUGCCCGCCACGCCCGAGGUUGCGGUGGGCAUCCGUCGGCUGCCUCGCCUGAAAGCCCCAACGGGCCAGUGCGCUACUUGCGGCGCGCAACUCCUGCUCAAGUACGCGCACCGUACCAUGUGCUGCCGCUAUGCGUGUCUUAAGGCGGCUGCGGCGAAGCGGCGGGCGCGGCAUGCCGAUGGCAGUGCGGACGAUGCGAUCGUGGCGGUGCUUGGCAUGCACUUCUGCGAUCCCAAUCAGCUCAUCGCAACGAAGCAGCGCAACAAGCUGGCUGCUGCCAACAAGGCCCUAUGCUAG